UGAUUUCUUAAUCUAUGUGAUAAUUCUAAAACGACUUAUGUUAAAAAACGGAGAGAGUAUAAUUAAUGCCAUUAUUAACAUUUUUCUGAUAAUCUUCUUUUGAUUUUUUAGUUCAGUAUACUUUUUAUAUUGGUUUUCAAAUCACAUAUAUAAAAAGGUAACUUGACAAAAGAAAAGCAUAAUAUUUUAAAAUAAAUAUUUUUUUCCUAUUGAAACAUAAUCUCAAAGAACAAAAUAGAUACUAAAAAAAAAAAAUACUAAAACUAAUUUUUUUUCUCAACGAAUACUUUUAAUAAACAAAUUUUUUUAAUAUAAACAUAAUAAACUAAUAGCUUUAGUCAACUAAGACUAUUAUACAUAGUUACAUAAUUAAGAUAAUAUAAAUUGAGAUAUUUUAAUAACUAAAAUAUAAUAUUAUGUCGUGAUUAAAAAAAAAUUCUAUCAACCAACGGUUAAAUUCUAUAAUAAAAUUAACAGCACCAAUUCUAAAACAAAACUAACCGAGGUAUAUUAUGCCCUUUUACAAAAAAAAAAAAAAACUAACCGAGGUAUAUUAGCUACAUGUCUUAGUUCAUUGUUUCAUUUUCUUGGUAAUUGGUUCAUAUCUAAAAAAAAUAUAAUAUAUUAGUAAUUACAAAAAUAAAAUAAAAAACAUAAACUCAUUUAUAUUAAAAAAAUUGAUAAAAAAAAGUUUGACAAGUGAAAGACAUGUUAAAAUUAGUCUAUUUGGAUUUGUUAAAAAUAAACUAAAACGAAUUGAUGCACAUCAAAUAACGAAAUUAUACUGUAUUUAGAAUAUUUUAUUAUUAUAUAGUUAUAAUUGUAUAAAAAUAUAAAAAUUAUAAAUUCGACAUAUUUUGAUUAUAGAAUAUUAAAAAUAUAAAAAUUAAUUUUAUUGUUACUACUUUACUCUGCUAAUUUAAUUUUUCCUACCUAAGAAACAAUAAAAUUGAUUAUUAACAAAAAGUGCUGACUUGUGUAUCCCCAAGAAGAAGUAGAAAUCGAAAGAUCUGAAAAACGCACGCAGAAGGCAUUGGAAGGGAAGAUGGGAAUAAGGUUCAUAUUAAUGGUGAACAAGCAAGGCCAGACUCGUCUCGCUCAGUACUACGAAUGGCUCACUCUCGAGCAACGUCGAGCUCUCGAAGGCGAGAUCGUUCGUAAAUGCCUCGCUCGCAACGACCAGCAGUGUUCAUUUGUGGAGCAUCGUAACUACAAGAUCGUCUACAGACGUUACGCAUCUCUGUUUUUCAUGGUUGGUGUUGAUGAUGAUGAAAACGAGCUGGCCAUUCUAGAGUUCAUACAUCUUUUGGUUGAGACAAUGGACAAGCAUUUUGGAAAUGUGUGUGAGCUUGACAUAAUGUUCCAUCUGGAGAAAGCUCAUUUCAUGCUCGAGGAAAUGGUCAUGAAUGGUUGCAUUGUCGAGACUAGCAAGGCCAACAUACUUUCACCUAUACAACUCAUGGACAAAGCCCAUUGAAAAGGGUUUGCUUCCAUUUCAUUACACUCUUGUAUGUGUACUUCACUCUUUUGUCCGAUUCGAAUUGAGAAAAUAAUAAACUGUUUUUGUUUAUUCAUGCUUUCAAUGGUACUGGUGUAGUGCAAAAUGGAUAUAAAAGAAUGAGUCAGUUCUCACUUA